UCACAUCCGAGGCUGACACCUGGGACACCGACGCCUCCUCCUGCCCGGGCUGUGGACAGUUCGUGGACUGGGACAGGAUGCCGGACCCGCAGCGGCCAGCACAGAUCCCCCAGGACAUCCUGAGCAAGCCCCAGAAGGAGCUGAAGAAGCUGGCGAGGGAAGGCUGCUGGGCCACGAGCCACGCCCUCAGGGCUCGGCUCUACCACCAGCUCAUCCAGCAGGUCUCCUGCCGGCUCAUCACCCCAGACGCUGUCGUCUACAGGGACGUGGCGAGCCGGCUCUUCGGGAAGCCCGGCGGGAGCUCCCACCCUCUGCCGGAGUUCCUGGAGGGAUGCCCCAUGCCCACCUACUGCCUCAACCCAGAAGGGGUCGCUGCCCUGAAGAAGAUCCUCAUCUGUGUUGGCAACCUCUUCCCUGACAUAACCUACAGCCCGAUCCUGCCCUCCCUGGUGGCUCUGCUGCUGCACUACAGCGAGGACGAAGCUCAGUGCUUCGAGAGCAUCUCUCGCCUCCUCGCCAGCAACGCUCCCCACACCAGCUACAUCGACCAGUCCUUCCUGGCCCACCAGGCCUCCUGCAUGACAUUUGGGGACCUGGCCAACAAGCACUGCCCAGCAGCUCACAAACUCAUAGCCAGCGCCUCCGAGAACGUCUUUGAGGUCUACUCGGAGUGGUUGUCGUGGCUCUUCCACGACCUGCCCUUCGCUUACGCCGUCCGUGUGCUGGACGUGUUCCUGCUGGAGGGGCAGAAGGUCCUGUACCGCAUCGCCCUGGCCCUGCUGAGGCAGUUCAGGCUCUCGGGGAGCUCGGCCGAGCCGGAGGGCUCUGACAUCAAGGCAGACCUGCAGGCUUUCGUGCAGAACAUUGCCGAGCACGUCACUGUCGACAAACUCCUGGAGAGAGCCUUUGGCAUCCGGCUGUUCUCCCGCAAGGAAAUCUGGCUCCUCCAGAUGGCCAACAGGAAGGCGUUAAUGGAGAGGGGCAUAACCAUGGUGCAGAGCAGGCAGCCCUUCCACCUGGCCGUGGACAUGCAGAACUUCAGCUCCAGCAUCGUCACCGCUCAGGAGAUGCGCCUCGUCUGGUCCUGGAUCCCCGAGCGCUUCUCCCUCUUCCCCCCCCUGCUGCUCUUCUCCACCUCCCAGGAUGGGUGCAGCCUGCAGAGGUUUUACACGUGCUGUGAGGGCUACGAACCGACCGUGCUGCUCAUCAGAACCACCGAGGGGGAGGUGUGUGGGGCGUUUCUCUCCUCCGACUGGAGUGAAAGGAAGAAGAGCGGGGCAGCAUCGGCCUUUUUUGGGACAGGGGAGUGCUUUGUGUUCACUGUGCGCCCCGAGGCAGAGAGGUACGAGUGGGUGUUCAUCAAGCAGCCGGAGCUGGCCAAGGCUGUGCCGCGCUCCCGCCAGCGCUCGCCUUCCCCCUCUCCCGACUCCCGGUUCGGCUCCUGCCCGGGCAGCCCCAGCUCCAGCUCCAAUCGCCUCACCGUGCCCACGCCGCCCAGGAAAGGCCGCCUGUCCCCGUUCCUGGCCGUCAGGCAUUUCCUCCUGCCUUCCAAAACAGCCUCCAUGUUCAUGUCCGGCUCACGGGAAGGGAUCGGAAGAUCGUCCCAAGAGAAAUGUGGACCCCGGCUCCAGCGGAGGGAAGAGCUGCCCCUGCCGCUGAUCCGCUCGGGAAGGGGGGAUACACCGGGCAAACAGGGGUUUGCUAACUAAUAAAAAGCAAAAAUCAAUAAAACGAUGUCAUCGGCAACUAGCGAACGCUGAUGCCCCUUGUUUGUUAAAUUGUAUAAAAUAAUGCCAAGUUUGGAUGAGCCGGGAGCCUUUUGUGGGAACUUCCCAGCUCCCUUCAUUUUGGCGAACUGGGAUAAAAAAAUAGCAACGCCUCGGUUCGGGGUGGGAAUUGGGAUGAGCCCCCGGGAUGCCCUGCCCGUGUCCCCGUGUGCCAACCCCGUCCCGCCUCCCCGGCAGCCGAGGGGCAGCAUGACACGGGGCUGGGGACGGGAGGGUCCCAGAGCUCCCAGGAAUUGCCGGGGCUCCGGAAGCUUCAAGUUGGAAAUGACGAAAAGCGCGGUUUUAAAUGUGGCAUCUCUUUGUUUUCCACCAAAACACGCCUCAUCCAGGGUGCGGAGGAUGGGGAAAGCCGUGCGCCUCCAGCCCCUCUCCGCACAUUCCCAACAGUGAGGAGGUGAUGCCAUCGCCAGGAUCUGGGAAAAACAGCAGCGCGUUUGGACAGUGAGGAGAGGAGACACCCACACACCAGAGCUUAGCACAAGCCCCAGUCCCCAGCUCGCCAUAAGGUCUGAACAUCCAGGGAAGCGAUGAUCCCAAGGAGCACAGCAGCUCCUGGAGACGGUGUCAGCUCUCUCCUGCUUCCCUGAGGAGCUGCAGUCGGGGACAGCCCAGGGUGGAUCUCUAUGGACCCCUGCAUGGGAAGUUCAGCUCCUGGGGUGGUAAAGGCAGCUGAGUUCCCUCUGCACCCGCUAGAACCGGCUGGUCAGGGUCAGGGUAGAGCCAAGGGAAGGGCGGGGGCACCUUGCCAUGAUCUGUUGAGCUCUGGAAGAGCCAAAUGCUGAGAUGCAGCCGAUGUUUUCCCCACCGACCUUUACCAAGCCCAGGACACAGGGAGAGCCCUGGGCUGAUGCUGCCUGUAUAUCCCUUUGGCUUUCAAUCCACAGGGUUGCUGAGGAGGCUGUAGGAGAUACAUUCCCAGGACAUAGGGGUGGAAGUUGCCCAUGGGAAGUGUCCAGGAGAGCACAGGCGGGGGAGCUGCUGGAGUCAGCCCUAGGGAGAGAAUGGGCAGCACGAGGUGCCCCCACGCUCCUCACCAUCCCCGUCUCCUGCUGAGGGGGUUGCUCCACAUCCUGCCUCUCUCCCUGCUGCCUCUCUCCCUGCCUUUCUGCCUUUCCUGCUGUUGAGAUCCCUUCUAGCUGCUGGGGAUUGCCCUGGGCAUGGGGAAUCUCCCUUCCCCUACAACUGUGCAGUUGUGUGCAACCACAGCAGCAGGUUGCAAUGGGUGGAGCAGCACUGGCAGAGCCCUGAUACCAUCACAGACCCUUCCCC